CGCGCAGGGUCACGUGGGCGCGGCGCGGGGCGGCCGGCGCGGGAAGCCGCGCGAGAGCGGGCCGCGGGGUGCGUGAGCUGGCGGCGCGGGAGCCCGCCCCUCCCGCACGGAGGAGCCCGCCCGCCCGCCGCGGCGGCGUCUGGAGCCACCAUGGACACUGCCGGCCACAGCCUUGUCCUUCUCCAGCAGCUGAACAUGCAGCGAGAAUUCGGCUUCCUGUGUGACUGCACGGUGGCUAUUGGAGAUGUUUACUUCAAAGCCCAUAGAGCUGUGCUUGCUGCCUUCUCUAACUACUUCAAGAUGAUAUUCAUCCACCAGACAAGCGAAUGCAUAAAAAUCCAGCCGACUGACAUCCAGCCCGACAUCUUCAGCUACCUGCUGCACAUCAUGUACACGGGGAAGGGGCCCAAGCAGAUGGUGGACCACGGGCGCCUGGAGGAAGGGAUCCGCUUCCUGCACGCCGACUACCUGUCUCACAUCGCCACCGAAAUGAACCAGGUGUUCUCCCCGGAGACCGUGCAGUCCUCCAAUCUGUACGGCAUUCAGAUCUCAACCACCCAGAAGCCGGCUGCUGCCCUCAGACCGGGGCUGGAGGGCCCUGAGCCCCCCUGCGGCAGCGGUGGGAGCCGGGCCUCCGCCCAGGCCGACCACCCCCAACUGCAACUCUCCCUGGCCAUCGGGCUGGACGAUGGCACCAUAGACCAGCCCAGGGCCCGUCCUGCGGCGGCGCAGGCGCCUGAGGAGGAACCCCAGAAGCCUCCUGUGAACGUCAAGCAGGAACGAUGUGACUCAGAGUCCGCCAUGCUUCAGACCCACCCCUCGCCCUCCUCAGAGGCAGCGAUGGGCCCCGCUGGGGCCGAAAGCAGUGUGAGAACGCACCUGUGCCAUUACUGUGGUGAGCGCUUCGAUGCCCGCGGGAGCCUUCGGCAGCACCUGCACACCCACGUGUCCGGCUCGCUCCCGUUCGGCGUGCCGGCCUCCAUCCUGGAAAGCCACGACCUGGGUGAGGUGUACCCACUGCUCGAGGGCGGCGAGGCUGCUGAGGGCUGCCGGCUGGGCACCUUCCCACUGCCGGAGGGCGAGCGGCGCCAGCAGCAGCCCCCUGACCCCCCGGCCCAUGCCCACGCCCAUGCCCAUGCCACCCCCGAGCCCCUGCAGGUCAGCCAGGUGUCCCUGAUCUCCAGAGACAACGAGCCCAUGGAACUGAACUGCAACUUCUCUUUCUCCAGGAAAAGGAAGGUCAGCUGCGCCGUGUGCGGGCACAGGUUUCUGCGCAGGAGCCAGUUGCUGGAGCACAUGGGCACACACAGGAUCAAAGCUCACAGGCUGGGCCGCUGCCAACGCAUGGCCAGCACGCUGGCCCAGCGCUUCCAGGCCUGCUGUGACAGCUGGUCAGAGGGUGGCCUGAAGGGCCCCCGUGUGUCCCAGGAGCACCUAGGCCUGCCUUGUGCCUUGGAGGCCGAGCUCUCCCAGGAGAGCGUGGACACUGUCCUGGUGGAGUAGCCGGAGUAGCGGCUUGUUGGCCACUUCGGGACAGGAAACCUUCACUAUGCGGGGGUUUUCUUUUUUCUUUUCUUUUUUUUUUAAAUUUAUAAAUUAUUUUCCUCCUCAGGUUCCCUUAAUUUUUUUUCUCUGCAGUUUGUCCAUCAUUUUAAGGUUGUAUGUAUUAUGUCUUUUUAUUGUAAGACAGUUAACAUAUGGCUACUAAAUUGUAACCUUCAUGAAGUUAUCACAGUUUUAGAAAAAAGAUCAGUGUAGAAAUAGAGAAGCCGUAGAGUGAA